CUUGGUUUAUUAAACAUUUGGACGUCGUACGAAGAGGUACGGAAGGUUCGCGCCAGUCUUGUCAGCAUUUACCCCGCGCCUCACUACUUUAUCAUCACGUUUACACAUAGCGAGUAUACGCAGAAAAUGGCGUCGGCCGUUUUAUGAUCAAGCAGCCGUUAUUCUACAUUUUUUUUGUGUACGAGUUUCUCAUUGCUGUCUUCCAUAUGUUACUAAUUAUGGCUACAAAAACUGAUGUUGAGAAUGAAGGGGAAGAUUUAUCUCCCAUUGAAAGUAAUGAUCUGAAUUCUGUUGGAAAAAGUUUACAUUUUUCUGAAGAAAAAUUAAAAUUUCACCCUUUGAGAAAACGAUGUGAUAGUACAUCAAUUUUAUAUGCAACUUCACCUAAGAAAAAGAAAACUCAUAAUAUUAUUCCACCGACUAAAUUCUUGCUUGGCGGUAAUAUAUCUGAUCCUCUUAAUCUAAAUAGUCUUCAAGAUGAAGAUAUCAAUAGAGCUAUGAAUAAGACUCCAAAAUCUUCACCUUUGCAUUCGAACAAAGUAAAUAUUAAAAAAGACCAAGUUGAUGUUUUAAUUCCCAAAAACUUAGCUGAUCCUCUUGAAUUGAGUACAUGUAUUGAAGUAAAUAAAGUUAAAUGCUUUGGAAUACAUGGAUUACAGAAACGAACUCCUCAAAAACGAAAACAAAAAAAAAACCUAACAAAAGCAUUAUCUGAUCCUGGUUUGCUUACUGAAAAUACUCCAAUUUCUCAUGAUGGUUUAGAAGAAUAUAAUGACUUUGAUGAGGACAUUUCUUAUCCUCCAAUCAAAAAACCAAAAAUUGACCUUCUUAAUAAUAAAAUAUCCCACAUACCAAAAAUCAAUGUAAUUGAACCCAUUGUUGAAGAAAAUUUAGUUCUAAAUGAAGUAGAAAAAGCAAAUAAUAGUAGUAAAAAACUAAAUGCGCAACAAACAGUAGAAAUUCAUAUAUCUCCUCCUAAAACGUUAAAUUUAAAGGACAAAUCAGAAAAUGUUAUUCCAGAAUCAAAAGAGUUACGUUAUCCUUCUCCAAACAAAAAUGCAGAAAAUUGUAAAAAAACACAAGAUGAUUUUGUUAAAAACAAUGAAAAAAAUCUAAUUGAAUCCGAGCCCUUAUUAUCUUUAGAUUCAAAAAGUGAGUUUCCUUCAACUGUACAAUCACAAAAUAAAAUGAAGCACAAGUUAAAUAAAAAUGAGCCAAAAUUUAAAGAAAAAAACGCUAUGUUCAAAUAUGGAAAUUAUAACAGGUAUUAUGGAUAUCGAAACACAGAAGAAGGUGAUAAUAGACUUAAAGUAUUAGCCUCAAAGUUAGAUUUAUUUUAUGGAAAAGAUAUUUUAGAUAUUGGAUGUAAUAUUGGUCAUGUGACAUUUAGUGUUGCAAGAGAUUUCGGUGCAAAAUCUGUUGUAGGAAUGGAUAUUGAUCGUAAGCUGAUUAAUAUUGCUCGUAAAAAUGUUCAACACUAUAUAAGCAGUACAUCUUCACAGUCUUCUUUGCGAUUGACACCAAAUUAUGAACAUACUAGUCAUAUUACCAAUAUACAAGAUAGAGAUGUUUAUAAUGCUAUGGUUCAAUCAUUUCCCAUAUCUCUGCCUAUGUUGUAUGGACCUAUAAAUUUACCUGGAAUUUUUACAUCAGGAAAAUUUCCUUUUAAUGUCACAUUCAUACAGGGAAAUUAUGUGUUAGAAUCUGAUGUUAUGUUAUCCAUGGAAACAUGCCAGUUUGAUGUCAUACUGUGUCUUAGUAUUACUAAAUGGAUUCAUUUAAAUUGGGGAGAUGAUGGAUUAAAAAGAGCAUUCAAGCGUAUGUUUAUUCAACUCAAACCUGGUGGAACACUUGUUUUAGAACCUCAAUCAUGGAAGUCAUAUGGUCGAAAAAAAACUUUGACAGAUACUAUCUGGAGAAAUUAUAAGACUAUACAGCUGAAACCACAAAUGUUCACUGAAUAUUUAAUGACUGAAGUGGGUUUUACUCACUGUGAGACACUAUCCAUGCCUUACAACCCAUCAAAAGGAUUUCAACGUCCCUUAAAAUUAUAUAAAAAACCAAAUGUAUUAACAGAUAAAGAGAUAUUAAAAUGUAGUAGUACUUUGGUUAACAAAAAAUCAGAAAAUCAUAGUAUUUGAUUACUAUUAUAUUUUUGAUCUACAUACUUAUUUAUCUAUGUAUUUUAUAGUUUUUAAAUUUUUUACAUGUUAUUAAUUAAUAGUAAUUUAUUUUCAUUAGUAUGGACCACCGGUAUACAAAUAAACAUUACCAUUUUGUUGUUAAAUUUAUAUGAUUGUAAAUCAUUAAUAAUAUAUGUAUAUAUAUAUAAUGCUUUAUCAUAGUACAAAUUAUAUUAAUAGUAUGAUAUGUAAAAUAAAGAAGAAGUGUAUAUUUUUUUAUUGUUAAUUAUCUUUUUAUGGGCAUGUACAUUAUAUACUUAUACAUAUUUUAUUUCUUGUAAUUACUAUUAUUUGCAUAAUUUUAGUUAGGUUGUUAACGUCUUAAUUCAAAACUGUCAUUUCAUUGUAUACUUUCAUUUUGCUUAAAAUAUAAAAAUUUGAAGUGCACUCAAUA